CGGGGCGGUCGGGCGCGGGAAGUGGCGGCGGGAGCGGCGCGGGGGUCACACAACCAGUGUUUGYUUUGCCUACUGGAUUCAUCAUGAUAACUCCAGCUUUUGAACUGACCCAGGAUCCAAAUUUUCUUACAAUAAAAAUCAGAGUGCCUUAUGCCAGAGCUUCAGAGUUUGACAUCUAUUUUGAAGGGGAAGAUUUCAAAUUUUAUGCUAAGCCAUACUUUCUCAGAUUGACACUUCCUGGAAGAACUGUAGAGGAUGGCAGAGAAAAAGCAACUUAUAAUACAGAUGAAGGCACUUUUACAAUUUGGUUACCCAAGGAGACUCCUGGCCAGUAUUUCGAGGGGCUGGGCAUGCUGACAUCUCUUUUAGCCCCCAAGAAAUCAAGAUCAGCCAAACCUCUGGUAGAAGAGAUGGAUUCAGCUGCCUCUGCGGAGCUGUCUGAGGAGAAUGAAGAUGAAUUUGACUGGGAAAUGGAACAGAUCCCUUAUGAAGAAAGCACACUCCCACUGCAGUACCCCUAUGGAUUUGGGAAUUUGCGCUCAGGGGUGUUCCAGCGACUGCAGGAUGAGCUCAGUGAUGUUAUUGACUUCAAGGAUCCRGACCAAACUCCUGCAGAGGAACGAAGGAGGAAACGUUUGGCAGCUGAGGCUGCMAAGUUUGAUCCUGAUCAUUACCUAGCUGAUUUUUUUGAAGAUGAAGCUAUUAAGCAUCUUUUAAAGUACAAACCCUGGUGGAUUGAUGCUCAUAAAAAGAUGACAGCCUUGCAGGGAGAAAGUCAUCAGGCACAUAAUCCUACAUUUGUUGUCUUCUCUGAAGGAGAGAGAGAKCAGCUGAGAAAGUUCACAAAUAAAUCUUAUGUUCUGAAUAAAAGAAGCCGUCAACACAUAUAUCUUGGAUUAAUUGAUAUUCUUCUGGCAUAUUGCUACGAGAUCCGUGUCAAUGAAGGGGAAAAGAAUGUGGAAUCAUCUUGGAACAUCAGGAAACUGAGUGCAACAUUGUGCUGGCUGGAGAGUUUCUCCARCAUCCAUGAUGUCCUGGUAUCUUUUGGAAGAAGAGUGCUGUGCUAUCCCCUGUACAGGCAUUUUGGGCUGGUGACACGUGCCUGCAGUGACACAGUCAUGAUCCUGCAGCUGGGGAAAGCUGCAGUUUUGAAGUGUCUGCUGGACAUUCACCAGAUUUUUAUGGAGAAUGACCCUKCCUACAUCCUCAAUGAUCUCUUCAUUACAGACUACUGCAUCUGGAUCCAGAAAGUCAAGUCAAAAAAGUUGGCUUCACUCAGCGAGUCCUUGCAGAAAACCCCGCUCAGCAAGUCCCACUUGGGGCUGGAGCUGGAGGAGCUGGAAGCAGCAGCAGUGCUGGUACAGGAGGAAGAGAAGGCGUUAAAAGCUGCUGGCACAGUUUCCAAGCAACAGCUGCUUUGCUCCGAGUCAGAGACAAGUGACUCUGAAGAAUCCAGCAGCRCUUCAUCAUCUGAGACAGAAGGCUCUGAUUCAGAUGAGCAGGAGUCCUCGACCAGUGAAGAUGGGGAAAUAAAUUCUUUCCAAGGCACGCUCCAGGAGGAGGGGACAGCUCCACUUAUUGACUGUAAUGGAUUGAGGCAGGGCRCAGACACUUGGGCGAUGGAGGCUGCUGAUGGAAAAUCAAAGGGUUCCUUGCAAUCYACAACUCCUACUGGAAAAUUGGUACAAGAAUUAGAAAUGCAAAUCCACUCUGCAAUGAGGCUCUCAGAGCCUGAAGGAUUGGCUACUGCAGGCUGCAUUUCACAGGAACAAGAAGAAAACCCUGUAGCCGAGCCUGACAGAUUUGCUGAAGAUUCUGCUGGGAAGGGAAAUUUCUUGGAGGUGUCUCCCAAACCCAACCUGUUGCUUUCCCUCUGCAACCCAAAUGAAGAUGAGGACUAAAGGACAUGCAGGAGCACAGUGUGUGACCCCCUAGCUCAGUUUGUUCUGUCAUGAGCUGUCCCAAGGCUGUCCUGAGUUGCACAAAAAUGUUUCACUUUUUUGUUGGAGGACAAGACUGCUUUGAAAAGAAUUGUUAAGACUGUGUGAUACAUACUCUCACAGUUAAUUUUAAUUUUUUUCCAGUUCAGCAGUCCCAGAUUUGGUGUGAGAAUGUAUAAUUUCAGUAAACUUAUAGAAACAGUUUUUGUUAAGUGACAGAAUGAUGUUCUAAUCAGAUACAACCGAAUGGACUUAUUUCAGUUUUCUUUAGCUUUUGGGAUUUACUUGAAAAAUGUCCUCAUUCUGUUUGUAUAAAUUUGUUUGUGGCAUUGUAUUGUUACUUCAUUUCAAAAUGCUUUAUAAGAAACCACUUCAAYUAAUGGUUAUAAGUUUAAAAGUUUAAAUAGUGAUGGCAGAUUAUUUUAAAUUAUAUCAAUAUUUUCUGUAUUUUUUGUAUAAAAGGAAAUUUCURUGCCAUCAGUACAAGAUCCAAUGGUUGUAUCUUACAAGUCUAAGAGAGAGAAGUUUAUAAAGUUCUUUCAGCAGUUCUGUAAUGUAUUCAUUCUUCUGUGCUGUUUUUGAAAUGUUUCUUGGUGUGGACACUUCUGUUGCUGUUUAAAGAGCACAAAUCCCAAUUAUUUGGUGUUGCUUUUUGCAGAUGCUCUCAGAACCAACUGCAGCAUUGUSAACCAGAAUGAAGGAACAACGUGGUUUGUGGAUCUUGGGACAGGACUGAGAGCAAACCUGGCCUGUGUAGUCCUGGCUUUGUUAGUCUGGCCCACAGCUUUGGCCAACAUUUAACCUUCUUUGCCUUUAUACCGUUCAAACAAUCCAACCAGUUUGUAGUUUGUUUGGGUACAGUUUGUUAGCUGAUUUCUGUCAUUGAAAGGGGGUGGCUGCUGUAAAAAUCUCCUGUUCCUCAGUGCCUGCAGGAGGAUUUGGGAUGGUGGAACGUGGACCACCAGGUUUGGCUCAGCAGGAGCACAGACCCAACAGGAGCACCUGAGUCACCCCUCAGGAAAAGCAAGUUUUGAUUACUUUUCAACCUUUUCUUCUAAUAAAAAGUUAA